UUACUGGCAAAGAAACACCUUUAUGAUAAAAAUAUGUGCUUUCAGUUUUUUCGCAGUAUUGCAGAGAGAACUGGUGAAAACAUCUUAAAAGAAAGAUUUGGAACAAUGUUCGGAAGUGACACGAAGAACUGGUGUGGGCAGAGGACCAAGAAACAGAGGAACAAAACUAAAAAAGCAGGAUGCUGGAAGAAGAAGAAAAGGGCUGUCUGGCUCCUAAAGCAGCACAGAGAGCUGUUAGUGAAUGAGCUAGAUGUGAACAAGGUGCUUCCAUACCUGUUGUACAACAAAGUAUUUUCUCUCAGUGAAUAUAAAGAGAUGUUGGGUCAGGAGUCCAGCAAAAAGGGAACAGAGCUAUUUUUGGAUCAGAUAAUGAAUAAGGGCCCAGAUGCUUUUUACUCCUUCUGCGCUGUGCUGGAGGAAGUGUCUCCUCACCUGCUCACAUGCUUGCUGCUGGGACAUGAAGAUGUGUCAGCUGAACAAAAUAAAAAGCAGGGACAGAAUAUGCCAUCUCACAAUCAGGAAGAUGUCUUUUCCAAGGAAAGGGGUAAAGUUUGCUAUCCCCUUUUGUAUACGGAUCCCCUUUUUGAUACACGGAUUUUCCCCAAACACGAAAAAGAUAAAUACGGGCCAGCUGUGUACUACCCUAGGAUCCACGGAUUCAUUGCAACCCCAGAUACUAUCUCUCUACUGGGUGAUUCAGAAGACUCAGCGCACGGCAAACCCUCGCUGCGUAGAAUCAAGGGCCGAAUCCACCGCAGCAAGAGCCUGGACAGUAUCGACCUACUAGACUCCAACAGUGCAGCAAUGGAGGAGACUGUAAUAUGGGAACAGCACACAGUAACGCUGCACAGGGCUCCAGGGUUUGGGUUUGGAAUCGCCAUCUCGGGUGGGAGGGACAACCCCCACUUCCAGAGUGGAGAGACUUCCAUCGUCAUUUCUGAUGUGCUGAAAGGAGGGCCAGCAGAGGGCCUGUUACAAGAGAAUGACCGAGUUGUGAUGGUUAACUCCGUCUCAAUGGAUAAUGUGGAGCAUGCGUAUGCCGUGCAGCAGCUGCGGAAAAGUGGAAAGAACGCAAAAAUAACCAUCAGACGAAAGAGGAAGGUUCAGGUCCCGUCAGGGCGUCACGGAGAGCGAGAAACGAUGUCUGAGCACGACGAAGAUGACGACAGCUAUGAAGACGAGAUCUAUGAAGCGCGGAGUGGGCGGAGUGGGUAUGGUGGGGGCGGUGCCACAGGACGGCGCAGUGCCAGAGGUGAUCGACAGGGCACAAGAAGGGAACGGGACAGAGAGCGAAGCGCCUCCAGAGACAGGAGUCUGUCUCCACGCUCGGAGCGCCAUUCUGUCUCUUCCAACCUGGCUUCCCGUCCAGCCAAGGUCACGCUCGUCAAGUCUCGCAAGAAUGAAGCAGAAUAUGGUCUUCGCCUGGCCAGCCACAUCUUUGUGAAGGACAUCUCUCCCGAAAGCCUGGCUGCCAGGGACGGCAACAUCCAGGAAGGUGACGUAGUACUGAAGAUAAAUGGCACAGUGACUGAGAACCUCUCCCUAAUAGACGCUAAGAAGUUGAUUGAAAGGUCGAAGGGCAAGUUGAAGAUGGUCGUGCAGAGAGAUGAGAGAGCCACGCUGCUCAACAUCCCUGAUCUGGAUGACAGCAUUCCCUCGGCCAAUGCCUCCGAUAGAGAUGAUAUUUCAGAUAUCCACUCAGUAGCUUCGGAUCACUCGAACCGCUCACACGACAAGAAGAAGAGCAGUCGCUCUCGCUCCCCAGACCGGCGCUCUGAGCCCUCAGACCAUUCCAGACAUUCCCCUCCACAAAUCAGCAAUGGCAGUCAUAGGAGUCGUGAUGAGGAUCGCAUCUCAAAGCCACUCCCCUUGCCUGCUAAAAUGGUGGAAGAGACGCAUAAAGCAAUGGAACAGACUGGGACGAGAGAGGAGAAACAGCUCCCCCCUCUGCCAGAGCCAAAGCCUGUGUAUGCUCAGCCUGGCCAGCCUGAUGUGGAUUUGCCUGUCAGUCCUGCAGAUGCCCCUGUGCCCAGUGUAAACCAUGAUGACAGCAUUCUACGGCCUAGUAUGAAGCUUGUGAAGUUUAAGAAGGGUGAGAGCGUGGGGCUGAGGCUGGCUGGCGGCAAUGACGUGGGCAUUUUUGUGGCUGGCGUGCUGGAGGACAGUCCUGCUGCUAAAGAAGGCCUCGAGGAAGGAGACCAGAUACUCAGGGUCAAUAAUGUAGACUUUGCAAAUAUCAUCCGAGAGGAGGCUGUGCUGUUUCUUCUGGAUCUGCCCAAAGGGGAUGAUGUCACCAUUCUGGCUCAGAAAAAGAAAGAUGUGUACCGACGAAUAGUGGAGUCGGAUGUGGGUGACUCGUUUUAUAUCCGGACUCAUUUUGAAUACGAAAAAGAGUCUCCAUAUGGCCUGAGCUUUAAUAAGGGUGAGGUAUUCCGAGUAGUAGACACCCUUUACAACGGCAAACUGGGUUCCUGGCUUGCAAUUCGCAUUGGCAAGAACCACCAAGAGGUGGAGCGGGGCAUCAUCCCCAACAAGAACAGAGCAGAGCAGCUCUCCAGUGUGCAGUACACGCUUCCCAAGACAGCAGGAGGGGACAGGGCAGACUUCUGGAGGUUCCGUGGCCUAAGAAGCUCCAAGAGGAACCUGAGGAAAAGUAGAGAGGACCUCUCUGCUCAGCCUGUACAGACAAAAUUCCCUGCCUAUGAGAGAGUAGUACUGAGAGAAGCUGGUUUCCUGAGACCUGUAGUAGUGUUUGGUCCCAUUGCUGAUGUUGCCAGAGAGAAACUUUCAAGGGAGGAAACGGACAUCUUUGAACUUGCCAAGAGUGAGCCCAGAGAUGCAGGCACAGACCAGCGCAGUUCUGGAAUCAUUCGUCUCCAUACCAUUAAACAGAUUAUUGAUAGAGAUAAGCAUGCAGUGUUGGACAUCACCCCUAAUGCUGUGGACCGUCUGAACUAUGCCCAGUGGUACCCCAUCGUGGUAUUUCUGAACCCAGACAGCAAACAGGGUGUGAAGAAUAUGAGGACCAGGCUGUGUCCUGAGUCCAGAAAGAGUGCAAGGAAACUGUAUGAGCGUGCCCUCAAACUGAGGAAGAACAACCACCAUCUUUUCACCACCACCAUUAACUUGAACAACAUGAAUGAUGGGUGGUAUGGGGCUCUGAAAGAGACCAUUCAGCAGCAACAGAACCAGCUGGUCUGGGUUUCUGAGGGCAAGGCUGACGGAGCUCCAGAGGAUGACCUAGACAUUCAUGACGACCGCUUGUCCUACCUCUCAGCGCCAGGCAGCGAGUACAGCAUGUACAGCACUGACAGCCGCCACACAUCUGAUUACGAGGACACAGACACUGAAGGAGGUGCCUAUACAGACCAGGAGCUGGAUGAGACUCUGAACGACGAGGUGGGCUUACCCAGUGAGCCUGCAAUCACACGUUCUUCUGAGCCUGUGCGAGAGGAUCCACCUGUCAUUCAGGACGUGCCGGCAUACCCAAGUUACCAGCAUGCAGCUCCUCAACCUGAGCCCAUGAACCGCAUUGAAGCUGCUGGAUUUAAGAUGCCUGCUCCACAACAGCAGGCUGAGGCUGCUGUGGCCCUGCCCUCCUUCCCCCCUGCAGUGGCAUCAGUGCCCCCUGCUGUUGAGCCCGCCGCACCACUAGCGGGUACGAAAUCCAAGGAGCCAACUGGCACCGCUCAGGCCGACUCACUUAACCCUUCCACCCCAGAACCCGAGUCCCAGCCCGAUCCUGAGCUCGCUCAGGUCCCAACACACGACCCCCACCAGUCGCUCGUGCCCAGCCCACAUCCAAAGCAGAUGUAUAAGAAGGAUCUGUACAGUGUGGAUGAGCCUGUACGAGUAAAUCACAUGAUGAAGCCCCAGCAGCCACAAUCUUUAGCUCCCCCAUCCUCUCUGUCCUACAGCCACCAGCCUGUGUACCAGGACAAACAGCCAUACCGCGAGUACGACCACCCGCCUUACGGCUAUGACGGUGGCAGCUACGCACAACCAAAGCCUCACAACAACUACAACGCGCACCUGCACUAUGACAACCGUGUGCCUCAUUAUGAUGAACAGUGGCCCCAGUAUGACCAGCAGUCCUCGGCCCAGCCUCCUCCUCCUCCUCCUCCUCCAGCCGGGUCAGGCUAUCCUCAGGGCCACCAGCCUCCUAUUCUGAGCUACGAACCCCGCUCCCCUUACGAGGAUGGGCCCACGCGGGACUAUAGCCCUCCUCAACCUCGUUAUGAUGAGCCCCCUGUUGCUUAUGAUAACCGACCACCACGGCAUGGAAAAGCAGGUCCUGUUCGCUAUGAGGAACCUCCUCCUCCACCCCCAGUUAUGUAUGAUGCCCGCUCUCCUUAUGAACCAGAGCCCCAUGGCUUCCCCAUCAAUAACCCCCGCUCCCCUGAUCCUCCCAAGCAGUAUUAUGAAGACCCUUCUUUGAGACCCACAUAUAACCCAGGGCUAUCAAACCGUGGCUACAAACCAGGGCAGCAUGAACCUUUGAAUUCUGAUCCUCCUAUUCCUCCUUCUAAACCUGAAGUUGUCGUGUCUCCAGGGGAGCCAAUACAUUCUACAACUCCCAAACCAUUGCCUCCUCCACCCAGAGAAGAUCCAGAGGAGGAGGAUCCUGCCAUGAAACCCCAGUCUGUUCUCAACAGGGUCAAGAUGUUCGAGAACAAGCGUUCUGUGAGUGUAGACAGAGCCAAGGAGGUUGGAGAUGUGCCAGGGAUUAGGCCUACAGAUUUCCCUAAACCUGUCAUUGCCCCUGUCCCAGUGUCUAAGGCCAACUCUCUCAACAACCUAGAACAGGAGAAACCUGUAUACAGGGCCCCAGAGCCACAGAAACCCCAAUCACGAUUAGGAGAUGAGGUGGUCCGUACUAACCACUAUGACCCCGAUGAGGAUGAGGAGUACUACAGGAAACAGCUGUCCUACUUUGACCGUCGCAGCUUUGACAACAAAUCCGUGACUCAGCCAGUAGUUAAUCGCUUUCAUGAUUUGUCUAAACCUGCACAGCCUCAGCUUGGAUACCCUUAUAACAGGACAGAAUCGGGGGAGAAAGUGAGUCCUGUGGAUAAGAGAUAUGAGCCAGUCCCCCAGGUUAACUCUACACCUGCUCCUUAUGGUGGUCAGUCAGGCCCUGCUGUCCCACCUACAUCUCUGCCCAAACUCAGCAACACAGAUGUGAACUCUCUCCCAGAUCCUCACACAUCCCCCAAAGGCAAACCUGAUUUGUCUACUCUCCGCCCUCCUACCCGGGAUGACCCAGUCCAAGGCAACUACUUUCCGCAAAAGUCUCCAGUCAAUGGCACGGACAUCCCACCCAAGACUUUGAGUGUCCCUGCUCCCACCAGUUACAACCGCUACGUUCCAAAGCCUUACACAAGCACUGCGAGGCCCUUUGAGCGCAAGUUUGAGAGCCCUAAAUUCAACCACAACCUUUUGCCUAAUGACACCCAGACGAAGCCAAUUGUGGUAAACAACAAUCCCAAAACUCACCUCUCACCUCAGCCGCCCGACAACGACAGCGGAGUGGACACAUUCACUCGCACUAUGGACAACAGGCCCAAAUAUCAGCACAACAAUGUCAACUCUAUCCCCAAAGCUGUCCCUGUCAGCCCCAAUGCACUGGACGAUGAUGACGAUGAUGGACACACUGUCGUCGCCACAGCACGGGGCAUCUUUAAUUGCAACGGUGGAGUAUUGAGCUCAAUCGAGACAGGUGUGAGUAUUAUCAUCCCCCAGGGAGCCAUUCCGGAAAGCGUGGAGCAGGAGAUCUACUUUAAAGUAUGCAGAGACAACAGCAUCUUGCCUCCACUAGAUAAGGAGAAAGGUGAAACUCUGCUCAGCCCCCUGGUUAUGUGUGGGCCUCAUGGUCUGAAGUUCCUGAAGCCGGUGGAGCUGCGCCUGCCACACUGUGCGUCUAUGACCCCUGAUGGUUGGUCUUUUGCUCUAAAAUCCUCCGACUCCUCGUCGGGUGACCCCAAAUGCUGGCAGAAUAAAUCUCUCCCAGGGGACCCCAAUUACCUGGUGGGCGCGAACUGUGUGUCUGUACUUAUUGACCACUUCUGAAGAGGGCGACAGCUGGUCUGUUACUGAGAGGCAAAGUGUCGUUGAAGAACAUUUACGAAGCCCUUUUAUUUCCCUCCUUUCCUCCCCUUCUCUUCGCCACCCCCUUUCACACACGUGUCAUUCUGUUCUCUUGUUUUGUGGACAUUUGCAAGACCGAGUUUAUUUUGCUUGGAGGACAAUAAGAGCACCUCCCCCUGGUGCUGAAUCCCUACAAAACUCAUUCUUAUUGUUCUUGUUUUGGUGCUUGAAGGCUUGCCAAAUAUAAAAUGGACAGAAUGAAUGAGUUUAUUAAAAUGAAAAGAAUAUGCAUGACCAGUA